AUGGAACAGUACAACGCCUGAUGAAAAGUUAUUCCUAAAAGACAGUGUGCUAAGGCUUUUUCAAAAUGGAACAGAGGAUCUUCUUCAAGAACAAAUGUGUAUCAAAGAUGGCUUGUCUCGCAUCAUGGUGGAAAUGAUCAAAAGAGAAUGGCCACAACAUUGGCCUUCACUUAUGAAUGAAUUCAACUCUCUCUGUUCACAGGGGGAAACACAAACAGAACUUGUACUUCUUGUCUUGCUGCGGCUUGUUGAAGAUGUUGUUGCUUUCCAAAGUCUUCAAACAAACAGACGAAGGGAUGUACUUCAGGCUUUAACAUCCAACAUGGCAGAAUUUUUCACAUUCAUGCUUCACCUACUUACGCAUCAUGUCCAAGGAUACAAGAAGCUUAAAGAUUCCAGUUCGUCAUCUGAAAGAAAGCUUGCAAGCUCAAUUCGUGUUUCCCAAGCUGUUUUGCUGACACUGACUGGCUACGUCGAAUGGGUCACAAGUCAGCAUAUUUUUGCCAGCAACAAUGUGUUACUGUCUACAUUGUAUGCUCUGUUGGAUAUUCCAGAGUUAAAACUAAAUGCAGUAGAGGUACUGCAGCAAAUUGUGAAUAGAAAGGGUAAACCAGAAGAGAGGUAUCCACUACUCAUCCUCUUUAGUGCAGAUGCUAUCAAGACCAUUCUCAGUGCUGCAGAAAAUGCUUGUGCAGUUGGGUUGGAUGAAGAGAACUACAUUUUUCUUAAGCGACUGUGCCAGGUGCUUACAGGACUAGGGGCUCAGCUCUGUGUGUUGUGGGGUUCAGACAUAAAAGAUGUUGGCAGACCUGAAAGUUUUCCAGAUUUUCUACAAGCUUUGCUUGCUUUCCUUGAGCAUCCCAGCAUGAAUUUGUGCUCUAUGGUUGUACCGCUUUUUUCAGCAUUUUUUCGUCAUGAUCAGAUCUCCAGUGAUAUGUAUCUUCAAGCAGUUGUGCCAAAAAUCUUGGAACUUUUAACAGUCAAACUCCAGAAGAUUGGUUAUCCUUCAAGAGACGACUCUCCUACAUGUGCUUAUUCACUGUUAGAUUAUGAUAGUGAUGAGGAAUUCUCAUACAGUUUUGCAAUUCAUCGAUCCCAUCAGACAGAGUUACUUCGUCUCAUCACAGGACAUUGUCCACUUCUAACUUCCCAGGUAGCUUGCAAUUGGUUUAGACAGCUAUUAGAAUCACCCUUGGAUUUGGAACCAGGAAAAGAUGCAUGCACACCACAUUCAAGGUCUUAUAUUUGCUGGGAUGCACUGACAUGCUUUUUAGAGAAUGGACUCAGUCGGCUAUUUCACAUCAGUGCAUUGACAGAUAUCACCCCUCAACUGGUACAACUUCUACAAAUGGCUCUCGCAUUUCAAAUUAAGGAUCCUGUCAUCCUUUCUUGUGUGCUGUCAACUAUUUCAACCCUGUUCCCCAUUGUCAAAGAAAAUCAAGAACUUAUGAAUAGUUUUCUUGAUAAGAUAUUUUCAGCUGCUGUGUUCUCCCUUCCCGGACAAACAAAGAAGACGAGGACUCGACCUGUACAGAAUGUCCGGAGGCAUGCUUGUUCUGCACUAUUGAAGAUAUGCAGAGACAACUCAAUGUUCAUGGUGCAUUUCUUUGAUCACCUCUAUGCCCGGAUCAACAAGUUAAAUGAAGAUGCAGAUCAGCUCACUCAGUUGGAAAAAAGCACAUUGAAUGAAGCACUUAUCCUUCUCAGCAAUGAGUUUAAACAUCUUGAUAAGCAGAGUGCCCUCAUACAAGAAAUCAUGCAACCAUUUACAGUUAAGUGGAUGGCAGAUACACUUAAAAAUGUUUUGAGCAAUGAAAUGAUGUUUCUUGAGUACAUUGGACUAGCCAAGAGAGGUAUGUCACAUGUUCAAGAGGACCAGGAAGGAGCUAAUAGAGCAACAAUAUUGACAUGUUUAGCAACAAUGAUGGCUGUUAUGAAAAGGAGUAAAUGGCCAGAUGAUCCACAGGAAGCACUGGUUGGAGGUUUUCAUGUUAGAUCUGUUUCAAGUGCUGGCAUUAUGUACAGAAAUCCAUGUUUUUGUCAUGUUUUGCCAAUGCUUGAUAAUGUUCUCAGCCUAUUGAGAAUCAUGAAUGCAAUAUGGGCUUCAGGAGUAAGAGCUACAGUUCCUGCUGAUUAUGUGAAAGUCUUUGACAUUCCUGAGAAUGAUAAAAAUGCUGUUUUAGGUUUAGCUCAGCCAUCAUCCGAUAACUAUGAACUUCCAGCAAACAGGUCACCAAUUGAAAAGAUACAAGGCUUCCUUUCUACGGCACAGGAAAACUGCUGUCAUGUAUUGGCUUGUGCGUUUGACAACAUGGGAUAUGAGUUAUAUGUAUCUGAUGACUUCAUUAAGCAGCUUUUGGACUCUAUAUUUGUGAUGAUAAGCCACGCAUCAAACAACAGACUCAGGCCAAUCCUUCGUGUAUUUCUGAAGUCUUUAGUACAGCAUUGUCCUGCUGAUUGUCAAGAACAUGUGCUGCUACCAGUACUGAACUGCUUGUGCAACUUCAUGUUUCAGAGACUGAGUUCACAGUGGGAAAUGAUGAAUGAACAAUUAAUUGCAGGUGAGAGUUCAGAAAGCGGAGAGGCUAACCAAGAAUCUCAAGAGAUACUUGAUGAGAUGUUUCUUCGUUUGAUUACAAGGGACUACCUGGAUCUGUUAGUGCCGCAGUGUGCGGGAAGAGGUGGAUAUGAAUUUCCAAAGGAAAGAAAGAGGUGCAAUGCUUGGCGAGUGGCCAUAAGACGAGUGAACGAUGACACAGGACGAUCAUGGUGGCCAUUGCUUAGUGAUGUCGUCUGCGCAGAACACUUCACAACAUCAGACUAUCAGCAGUUUGGAAAGUCCGGUCUAAAAUUGCAACGAAGGAGGCUGAAACCAGAUGCUGUUCCUAGCCAGUUCUCAUGGACAAAGCAACCAACUUCAGCAGAUGUCUCGAGGACAAAACGCUAUACAGAAUGCUGUGUAAAGAGAGAGGGUACCUGUGAGGGUUCUGAUGAGUUGUCUAUGGAUGUUGAUGUUAACUGUGAUCUGGACAUUGCAAUGGAGACGGAAUCUGAGACGAAGGUACAGGGAUUUACUAUUCAUGACUUCAAGAAUGACCCCAAAGGAGUACACUACUACACAGGGCUUCAAGACUAUCUCAACUUUAUGGAUGUACUUGCUUCACUUGGACCAUGUGCUUUUGAGUUAACUUAUGUAAAUGGUAAAAGGCCCUCCUUAUCUGUGCCAGAUCAACUAUUUUUGACUAUAAUUAAAUGUAGGAGAUAUACAGCCAAUUUUGAAUUAAGUCGAAUGUUUAAGGUCAGUGAAUCAGAGGUAUACACUGUAUUUGCAACAUGGAUUAGAUUUAUGCAUCUGCAGUGGAGAGAGAUUGCUAUCUGGGCAGAUAGAGACAUGGUCUUCUUUUAUGCUCCAUCUGAUUUCAAGACCAAGUUUCCCAGCACUCGGAGUAUCCUUGAUGGCUUUGAGUUUCCAGUUAAGAAGCCCAAGGCACCUGCUGCCCAGCAGGUAACAUUUUCAACAUACAAAAACCGUAACACUGCUAAGGCACUGGUUGGUAUAACACCAGGAGGUUUAAUGUCCUAUAUGUCUGGUGCAUAUGGAGGUUCAACCAGUGACAGACAGAUCAUUGAGAGGAGUGGAUUAAUAAAUAAAGUCAACAAAGGUGAUUCAAUAAUGGCUGAUAAAAGUUUUGAUGUACAGGACUUGUUUGCGCCAGUGGAUGUAACAGUUAACAUUCCUACUUUUUUCAAGAACAAAAACAGAAUGACAGGUCAAUCUGUUGUAAGGGAUAGAAAAAUAUCUAGAAAAAGAGUUCAUGUUGAAAGGAUAAUUGGACUUGGGAAAACAUAUAAAAUAUUGACGCAGCCACUGAAUCACACAGAGACAAUUCUCUCCUCAGACAUUGCAUUUAUUUGUUUUAUGCUUGUUAACUUCAGGAAAUGUAUUGUUUCAAGAUAG